ACUAUUGACAACAAUCAACGACAGCACCCAAAGCGCGGCUGGCGACGAUCGACCUUCGAAAGAUGGCUUCGUUGCCACCGUAAAGGAUUCGGAAUGGAUAUUUAAACACAACUUUCCCUUCAUCUUCAGAAGAACUUUUUGAUUCUUUAUCUUCCCUUACGAAGACAUCAACUAUCCUUACCAUACCCAAAAAUGAUUUCCAACGGAACAGCCUACGCCAAUGGGCCUACUUAUGCCCAAGGCCCGGCCCAUCCCAAUGGGGCAGGCUAUUCCAAUGGAACGGGGUAUUCGAACGGGGCAUACUCCAGCGGAGGAUCAUAUGCCAACGGGCCAUCAUAUGGUAAUGGCUCGACAUACCAGUCCAAUGGUCCCAGUAGCGGAUCGAGGCAGGCUCCUUUCAUCCCAAAUCUGAAAUUGAACGACGGCAAUGAAAUGCCUGUCGUUGCAUUCGGCCUCGGUCAGGCAUUCUUCGACGGAGAAGGAGACAAGGUCUUCAACUCAGCCCUAAGAGCCAUCAGGAGUGGCUUCACUCACUUUGACGCAGCCGAGGUAUACGGCAACGAGAAGCAACUUGGUCAAGCAAUCCGACAAUCCGGCGUCCCGCGAUCGCAGCUCUUCGUCACAACCAAGGUAUGGACUGUGUCCACCACCGUCAAGGCUGCUUUCGACGCCUCCCUUGACCGUCUAGGUCUCGACUACGUCGACCUAUACCUGGUGAACUGGCCGCAAAUCGCCACCAGUCCCGAUCGGCUCCAGCAGGUCUGGGCCGAGAUGGAAGCCAUCAAGCAAUCUGGCCGUGCGCGCUCCAUCGGUGUAUCCAACUUCCUGCAAGAGCACCUCGACAUCAUCUUGCGGACCGCCCGCGUCAAGCCUGCUGUCAACCAAAUUGAGUACCACGCCUACUUACAGCACGGCAAUCUAGUCAACUACCACCGCCAGCACGGCAUCGCAACCGCUGCUUACGCCACCCUAUCGCCUAUCACCAAGGCAUUCCCCGGCCCCGUCGACGAUGUCUGCGCUGCGCUCGCGCGCAAGUACGGUGUCUCGGAAGUCGACAUCAUGCUAAGGUGGGUCCUAGAUCAGGGUAUCGUCGCCGUCACAACAACCAGCAACGAGGAGCGCCUGCAAGGUCUCCAGAGGAAACUACCCACAUUCAAGCUCACGCCUAGUGAGAUCCAGGAUAUCUCCGAGGUUGGAAAGAGGAAGCACUUCCGUGGGUACUUCAACGAUAUCUACGGCGCUGACGACAGGCGCUAAAUGGUGAGGAGUUGGUUUGGUUUAUCAUUAUUUCUAGGAUGUCUGAAUGAGUACAAACUCAUAUUGGGAGGGAUGGGAUAAGGUUCAUUGGAUAUGUAAAGCCUUUAUAAAGAAAUCGACAGUCGUGACAUCGUCAUCGCUUAGGCUAGUUAGAUGACUGAAUUCAAUCAGAAAGGUCUGGGUCCUAUGAUAUCAGCAAAGAAAUUGACUCUUGAAUGUGCAGUUAGUGAAUGGCGAGCCUGAUACUUUGGGGCGGUGUAU